CCGUUCACUAAACAUACGCACAACCGAAGACACUGUUCGAUGGGAUAAUUAUAAUCUACUGUCCCAAAUACAGUAAAACACAGCUGGUUCCACAUGAUCGUUGUGUGUGCGCUCGGAUUUAAGAAACGUUUUUUCUUUAAAAUAUUUUCCUCACCUAUUGAUUUUGCCAAACGAUGUAGAUACGUGGACCAGCUUAUGGAGUCGCGCUGAUUUACUGCUUUAGAACCUCUUUUGAAAACAGUUUGAUUUUCGAGAGCAAUUUUAGAACUUUUCCUUUCUAUAUAUAUUUUUUUUUUUAGAUAGCAGUGCUGAAGACAUUUUCUAACGUGGACCACCAACAAAAUGCGGAAAAGGUCAAAACUUAGACCAAGAAUUUCCGAGUGUUCAUUCGACUGUACUCCGGACCCGAGAUAUCAUCAGAAAUGUUAUCGAGCCCCAGAAGCUGGUCAUUGCAAGAUCAGAUGGUCCUUCAUCCACAUUUUCAAUGAGAAGAUCUAUGACCUUUUGGAGAGCCAGCAGCCUGCAGAGCUGUGUCAUCUCCAUGAUGUGGAGGAGAGUGUGGUGUUGGAUGGGUUGAGAGAGGUUGAGGUGGGCUCUUCACAAGGUCUGCUGCAACUCUACAGGACUGGGGCAGCAAACAGGCGCACAGUAGGCAUUUCUAAGGGUGAAUUAAGCAGUAUGAGCCACGUCAUAUUCAACAUUGUCCUUGUCCAUUUGAAGUCUCAGGGAAACGGUAAGUUGCCACUGAAAGAGGGAGUCUCACAGAGCAUGUAG